AUGGGAAUGGGACCAGAAGGAAAGCAGGUUAAAGAACAGCUAGCAAAUAAAAGGUACCUGCAGUGUCCAGCAGCAAUGACAGUGAUGCAUCUUAGAAAGUUUCUCCGCAGUAAAAUGGACAUCCCAAACUCCUAUCAGGUGGAUGUUAUGUAUGAAGAUGAGCCUCUGAAAGAUUACUACACAUUAAUGGACAUAGCCUAUAUAUACACAUGGAGAAGGAAUGGUCCGCUUCCCCUCAAGUAUCGGGUCAGACCCAGCUGUAAGAAGAUGAAGGUGAGUCACUCGGAGCAGGACGGGCAGAACAGCACCGGCAGAUCGGGGCCAGAGAGUGACUCUGCCAGCGACAAAGCGCGUAGUCCCACCGGGGCUCCGUCCACGUCCUCUUCUCUGCCGAGUCCCGCUACAGCGACGCAGUCUCCGCGUCCCCUGCAGACCACGCACGGCAAUAACAACGUGAACGGGACGUCAAUAACUGCACCACCCGCCCCCAGCCGCUCUUUUACACAGUUUCCCAGCGGGAACAGCGGCGCCAACAAACCGAGGAAGGUUGCACUGAACGGAUCGUCUUCUGGAUGA